CAUUUGCUUACGUAGGUUUGUCGAGAUCACGUGUUCUUUCUCUAACACUGAACACGUUUCCGGUUUGUCUUUAAAACUGCAUAAGCCGAUCCCUGUACCACAGCAAGAUGGUCAAGGAAGACAAACCAACAUGGAAGUCCAACUAUUUCUUGAAAAUUUCAAGCCUGUUAGAUGAAUACCCAAAGGCUUUCAUUGUGAAUGCUGACAAUGUGGGAUCCAAACAGAUGCAGCAAAUUCGUCAGGCACUGAGAGGAAAAGCUGUUGUGUUGAUGGGGAAGAAUACCAUGAUGAGGAAGGCCAUCAGAGGCCACAUUGAGAAGAAUCCACUUCUUGAAAAACUCCUGCCCCACAUCAAGAACAAUGUAGGGUUUGUGUUUUUGAAGGGUGACUUGGUUGAGACCAGAGACGUUCUCUUAUCCAACAAGGUGAAAGCUCCAGCUAAGGCAGGUGCUCUAGCUCCCCUGGAUGUUAAGGUGCCGGCUCAAGCCACCACACUGGGACCUGAGAAGACCUCCUUCUUCCAAGCUCUGCAGAUCCCCACCAAGAUUACAAGAGGAUGCAUUGAAAUCUUGAAUGAAGUGCAUCUAAUCAAGGCUGGUGACAGGGUAGGGUCAUCUGAGUCCACUCUCCUGAACAUGUUGAACAUCUCUCCAUUUUCUUACGGACUUGUCCUUGAGAAAGUGUAUGACUCUGGUACCAUUUUUGAGCCUGAGAUUCUGGACAUUACUGAUGAGGAUCUGAGAGACAAAUUCAUGAUUGGAGUGAGAAAUAUUGCAGCCCUCUCCCUUGUCAUUGGGUACCCAACGGCUGCCUCUGCCCCCCACUCUAUUGCCAACGGAUUUAAGAGACUCCUUGCCAUUGCUGUGGAAACUGACUACACUUUCCCUGAGGCUGAAAAGACCAAGGAGUACUUGAAGGAUCCCAGCAAGUUUGCGGCUGCUGCCCCUGUGGCCGCCGCCGCUGCUGCUCCUGCAGCCACCAAAGAGGAGAAGAAACCAGAGCCAGAGUCGGAAUCCGACGAUGACAUGGGCUUUGGGCUUUUUGACUAAUGGCUUGAAAACAAAAACUGUCAUUCAGAAUUUAUUCCUUGCCGGUUUUUAAACCAAAUGGCAAAGGGAUACGUAAUAAAUUAAGACAGAAAUA